GCUUAAGUAUACAUAAAUUAAUUGGUAUUUAUAGCUUCUUUUAAUAUAAAUGUUGUUAUAUUAGAUAACAUAAGGCAAAUAACUACAAAUUUACUGCUUGAAAAGGGUUACCCUAGCAACACAUGUUAUUUAAUCGAUUAUUUACUGGCAUUUGAAAUUCCUAUACAUAAGUUACACAAAAAUUCCUAAACAACAAAGUUGUAAAACAUCGAAGCGCCAUCGCUGAGCCAUUAUAUAUAAAAGUAUAUUUUACAAAUAUAAAUCCGAUACAUUAAAAGUAUAGCUCAAAUAUGAUAGGCAGCGGAGCUGCGCCGCGACGGCAGCGUAAAAUACGCGAACAAUGUGGUUCCUGUCCAGAUCGUUUCUCUCGGGACAAACGUCAAGUGGUGGUUGAGGAUUCCGAUACAACUGAAGAGGAGUCCUCGACGGACGAGGAGGAACGCUGGAAAGAUGUGGCACGAGCUGCCGAAAUACCCGCCGAAUACUAUAAUAUCCAGAAGCUAGUGAAAUACAUCAAGGCGGGUAAUCAGACGGCAACGAUAGUAUCCUUAUGCUGUCUCCAGGAUUACGAUCUGCGCACGCAAAUAAAUCAGUUUGCCAUACAGGAUAUUGGCGGUCUUGAUGUCCUGGUUAAUAUACUGGAGUGCAACGAUACCAAAUGCUGCCUGGGUGCUUUAUCUGUUCUAUCCGAUAUCACACUCAACAUUGACAUACGCAAAACAAUUGUCGAUCUCGAUGGUAUUCCCCUGAUUGUCGACAUUCUGAGUUCCUCUAUGAAGGAUCUGAAAACCAUGGCUGCCGAAACUUUAUCCAAUGUUAGCAAAGUUCGCUUGGCACGCAAAUAUGUGCGCAGUUGUGGAGGAAUCUCCAAGCUGGUGGAUCUGCUGGAUAUCAAGAUGAGCAUUUUGCAAACUCCCCGAGAUCAGCUUAGCGUUGAGGAGAUUGAAUGUCUGAACAUGGCUCGGGCAGGAGCUCGUGCUCUCUGGACACUGGCCGACUCCAAGCAUAAUAUGGAGCAGAUGCGUAAGAGCGGCAUUGUGCCUUUGAUGGCCAAUCUGUUAAAGUCCGUGCACAUCGACGUGGUAAUACCCAUUAUGGGCACCGUACAGAAAUGCUCCUCGGAGCCAAAAUUCCAAUUGGCCAUCACCACAGAGGGCAUGAUAGCGGAUAUUGUGAAUCACCUAAAAUCGGAGUGCAUUGAUCUUAAAGUCGAGGGCAGCUCGGCGCUCUACAAAUGCGCCUUUGAUGCGACCACCCGGGAUUUGGUACGUGAGGCAGGCGGACUUGAGCCUCUAGUGGCGAUUAUCAAGGAUAAGACGAUACGGGAUAAUAAACCACUGUUGCGUGGUGCAACGGGUGCAAUUUGGAUGUGUGCCAUGACGGAUGAGAAUGUCAAGGAGCUCGAUGAAAUGAAUGUCAUUCAUCAUCUAGUGGCUUUGCUUGCCGAUGAGUGCGAUGAGGUGCUCACUAACGUCACAGGUGCUUUGUCGGAAUGUGUGCGCUUUCAGGACAAUCGUGUUGCGGUGCAUAAUUCUGGUGGCUUGCCAGCUAUGGUGGCUCUACUCAAUUCCUCGCACCCGCCACUGCUCGAGAACUUGGCCAAGGCGAUCAAGGAGUGUGCCGAGGAUCCCGAUAGCAUGCGAGUUCUGGAGAAACUCGAUGCAGUGCGUCUGGUCUGGUCGCUGCUUAAGAACACCAGUCCAAGGGUUCAAGCUAAUGCUGCCUAUGCCAUUUGCCCGUGUGUGAAGAAUGCCACCGAUUCGGCAGAAUUGGUGCGUAGUCUGGUGGGAGCCAUGGAACUAGUUGUGGGUCUGCUCAAAUCAAAGGAAAUCAUGGUACUGUCUGCAGUCUGUGCAGCUAUUGCCACGAUUGCCUUGGAUCAAACCAAUCUGGCCAUUCUCACGGAUCUGCGUGUGAUCUAUAAGCUGGCAGAUCUGGUUAAUACCACGGAUGAUAUGCUGCGCAUGAAUCUGGCAGCUGCCGUUGCAGCCUGUGCCUGUUUUGGCAACAACACCGAGGAACUUGGACGUCUGCGCACUGUGACACCCAUUGUCACCUACAUGACAAGCGAGAAUCCUUUGGUGCAUCGCACCACAGCCAUGGCACUCGAGAAGCUCUCAAUGGAUCCACAGAACUGCAUCACCAUGCACCAGAGCGGUGUGGUGCCCUUCCUCCUCGAGUGCAUUGGCUCCACCAACAAGGAGCUGCAACUCGCUGCCGCUGGAUGUCUACGCAAUAUACGUGAACUUGCUCUGCGCGCCGAAGAGUAUAUGCUAAAGAUUGACGAUGAUUAGCAAGGAAUCUCUUUAAUCAUAUCUAACAAACCACUCUUAGACUCCACUUUCCACUUUUCACUUUACAGUUAUCUGUUCGCUGUUUAAAUUGUUGCAAGUGCAAAAUAAAUGUAGCCCGAAAGCUUCUAGAAAUCCAAAUUGGAAAGUUA